GUCCUGCCUCACACCUGGGGGGGGCGGAGCUUCAGCGAGUAAAGCCAGGUAAAGCUUCAGUGUUUCAUCCUGCUGCCUCAGACCGGAGGAAACACUGCAGCAGCAUCUGAAGGAUGGAGCUCCAGUGAGGCCCGCGCUGCGCUAGCAGGUCCCACCAUGAGCGCCACCUUCUCUCCUCCGUCUUACCUGAGCUUCGGCGUGUCUCCCCCCUCCGGCCACCGGGAGGAUCGCUCCGUGCCCUUCCUCCUCUACCCUUCGGGCAUGGACCCUCUGAGGGGCCCCGGGCUGCUGCCCUACCUGGCCCCCUUCCACCACCGCGGCCACUUCAGCGUGUACGAGUGUCCCUUCGAGCCGGCCUUCAUCCAAAAGCGCAACGAGCGCGAGCGGCAGAGGGUGAGGUGCGUGAACCAAGGCUACGCCAAACUCAGGGACCACCUGCCGGGUCAGAGCGCCGACAAGCGCCUCAGCAAGGUGGAGACGCUGAGGGCCGCCAUCAGGUACAUCAAGUACCUGCAGGGCCUGGUGGAGGUGGAGGAGAGUCUGACGGAGAACUGAGGACAACUUCCUGUUUGACUUGAACGGAGGCAGAGACACCCGACGGCUGCUCCUCUGUGGACGUGCAUUAGAAGGACCAACAGCUAUUGCAAUAAUUACAAUAAAAAUAGAUGCAUUAGACAUUUAUGUGUUUUUAUUAGUGCAGAGUGUCUGAACCGGAGAGGACAGAACAAACACUGGGACUAAAAACGAGCCACUUACUACUUUUCCAUUUCUUGUUGCAGAGCUU